CAUCAGCAGCAUACGGCAAGUCUCCAAGGCAGCGCUGAAGGAAGAUGCCAAGAGCAGCAAGGACAGCGAAGACGCCUUCUACAACUCCCAAAAGUUUGAGGUCUUGUACUGUGGGAAGGUGACGGUGGCCCACAAGAAAGCGCCCUCCACGCUCAUCGACGACUGCAUCGAGAAGUUCAGCCUGCACGAGCGCCAGCGCCUCAAGCUCCUCAGCGAGCAGCGCAGUGCCGAGGCCAGCUUGGAUUUGCCCUUGGGAGAAGGAGAAGUGCCCGCUUCCCCGCCAGACAGUCCCUUCGAGGAGGCCAACGGCGCUCCCGGCGCCGCGCCGCAGCCCGGCAUGUUUACGGUGGGCAGCCAGAGCAACCUGGCCGGCCUGUGCAGCGCGCGCGGCUCCUUCCCGGAGCGGAUCCUGGAGGACUUCGGCUGGGACGAGCAGCAGGAGUUCCGGGCGCGCUGCAGCAGCGUCACGGCCGUCACGCAGAGAAGGGUCCACGAGGGCAGCCUGAAAGUGCAGGCGCGCCGCAGGCACGCCAGCGCGCCCAGUCACGUGCAGCCCUCGGAUUCGGAGAAGAACAGGACCAUGCUGUUCCAGGUUGGAAGGUUUGAAGUUAACCUCAUCAGUCCUGACACCAAGUCCGUUGUGCUUGAAAAGAAUUUCAAAGAUAUCUCCUCGUGUUCUCAGGGCAUAAAGCACGUCGAUCACUUUGGCUUCAUUUGUCGGGAGUCUGUGGAGCCCGGGCUGAGCCAGUACGUCUGCUACGUGUUCCAGUGCGCGAGCGAAUCGCUGGUGGACGAGGUGAUGCUGACGCUGAAGCAGGCGUUCAGCACGGCCGCGGCGCUGCAGAGCGCCAAGACACACGUGAAGCUCUGCGAGGCCUGCCCCAUGCACGCGCUGCACAAGCUCUGCGAGAGGAUCGAAGGACUCUAUCCACCAAGAGCCAAACUCGUAAUCCAGAGACACUUGUCGUCACUAUCUGAUAAUGAGCAAGCAGACAUUUUUGAAAGCGUUCAGAAAAUGAAGCCUGAAAACGACCAGGAGGAGAACGAGCUUGUGAUCUUGCAUCUCCGGCAGCUGUGUGAGGCCAAGCAGAAGACGCACGUUCACAUCGACGAGGCCCCCUCGGCCGCCCCCAACAGCGCCAUCCCGGAGAGCACGGCCGCCGGCGGCAGGUUCAAACUGGACAUUCUCAAAAACAAGGCCAAGAAAUCCUUGACCAGCUCGCUGGAAAAUAUCUUCUCAAGGGGAGCCAACAGGAUGCGAGGCCGCCUGGGAAGCGUGGACAGCUUCGAGCGCUGCAACAGCCUGGCCUCGGACAGGGACGCCUCUCCGGGGGAUUCUCCGCCGGGCACGCCGCCGGCUUCGCCCGUGGGCCCGGCGUGGCCGCCCUUCGCCGAGGAGGAGGCGGGCUCGCCGCGGCUGCGGCGCCGCGCGCACACCUUCAGCCACCCGCCGUCCAGCGCCCGCCGCCGCAUCACCUUCCAGAACGGCCGCUCGCAGAGCGCCCGCGCCCCGCUGCUGCGCCACGGCUGCCCCGAGCCCGCCAGCCCUGUUCUGGGGGUCCGGCGUGCUCGCACCGGGGGCGAGUCGGCGCCACCCGGCCUCCCUUCCUCCCUCUCUGCCCCAUCUUUCCUGAAAAACUUUUACCCGGGCUCGGGAAGGCUGCCGCAGCACCCGGAGAAUGAGAGUGAUGGGGAGGGCAAGAAGAGGACGGCGCCGGCGUGCGGCAGCGAGGCCCUGAACGCGGCCGGGGCCGCGCUUGCGCCGCGCCGCGUCUCCUGGCGCCAGAGGAUAUUCCUGCGCGUCGCUUCGCCCGUGAACAAGUCGCCCGCCAGGAUGCAGCACCCAGGUCGGAUGUUUCCAUUUUGCUGUAGCACAGAGGUUUGUGAGGUGUCAAACAGCCUGUUUCCUGUAAGAGCUCUUUGGUUCUUUGCAGAUGGUCACGAGGGAAGGGAGCUGCUGCCGUUAUCGCCUCUCGCUCCGCCGCUGGAGGAGGACCCUCUCCUUCUGGUAAUGCAAAACGAGGAGGCCCCGGAUAAUGCUGCAGAGAGGAGGAACUCGGAGGAACUGCAGAGUCUCUGGAGAAAAGCCAUUCAUCAACAAAUCCUGUUGCUUCGCAUGGAGAAAGAGAACCAGAAGCUGGAAGCAAGCAGAGAUGAGCUCCAGUCAAGGAAAGUCAAGCUGGACUAUGACGAAGUUGGUACGUGCCAGAAGGACGUCAUCGGUGUUUGGGAUAAGAAGUUACUCAACUGCAGAGCCAAAAUCCGAUGCGACAUGGAAGAUAUUCAUGCCACGCUGAAAGAUGGUGUACCCAAAAGUCGUCGGGGAGAAAUCUGGCAGUUUCUGGCUGUGCAGCAUCGGGUGAGACACAGACUGCCCAACAAACAGCAGCCUCCUGACGUCUCCUACAAAGAACUGCUGAAGCAGCUGACAGCUCAACAGCACGCCAUCCUCGUGGACCUAGGACGGACCUUCCCUACCCAUCCUUACUUCUCUGCCCAGCUGGGAGCGGGACAGCUCUCGCUCUUCAACCUCCUGAAAGCCUAUUCUCUGCUGGACAAGGAAGUGGGCUAUUGCCAAGGCAUCAGCUUCGUGGCCGGAGUGCUGCUGCUGCACAUGAGCGAGGAGCAAGCCUUUGAGAUGCUCAAAUUCCUCAUGUAUGACCUGGGCUUCCGCAAGCAGUACAGGCCAGACAUGAUGUCGCUGCAGAUUCAGAUGUAUCAGCUGUCAAGGCUUCUUCAUGAUUAUCACAGAGACCUCUAUAAUCAUCUAGAAGAGAAUGAAAUCAGUCCCAGCCUCUAUGCUGCACCGUGGUUCCUUACGCUGUUUGCAUCUCAGUUUCCAUUAGGAUUUGUGGCCAGAGUGUUUGACAUUAUUUUUCUUCAAGGAACAGAAGUCAUAUUUAAAGUAGCACUGAGCCUACUUAGCAGCCAAGAAACAUCUAUAAUGGAGUGUGAGAGUUUUGAGAAUAUUGUUGAUUUUCUUAAAAGCACUAUUCCAGACAUGACCCAGCCUCAGAUGGAAAAAAUUAUUACGCAGGUAUUUGAGAUGGAUAUAUCAAAACAGCUCCAUGCCUAUGAAGUAGAGUACCACGUCCUGCAGGAUGAACUCCAGGAAAAUGUGAGUCCCUGUGAUGAAGGUGAAUCUCUGGAGAAGCUGGAGAGGGCCAACAGCCACCUGAAGAGACAAAACAUGGAUUUGCUGGAGAAGUUGCAGGUUGCUCAUGCUAAAAUUCAGAGCCUGGAAUCCAGCCUGGAGACUAUUUUGACUCGAGAGAACAAAAUGAAGACUGUGAUUCAGUCCCUGGAACAGGAGAAGAUAACGUAUCAAAAGACUCUUGAGCAGAUAAUGAAGCAUUUGCCAACAGAAGCAUUGUCUGACUGUGAACUGCUCCUGAAGGAAGUAAACUAUAAUCCAAAUAAUAAAACAAAAUAAGGAAAUAAGCCAUAAAUCAGGUUUUUCCAAGCAGCAUAGCUUCAAAUAUUAAGGGAAAGAAUAGAUGAGCAUGCUGCUUUCAGUGAACUUAGAAAGCAAUAGGCAACGAUAUUAUCUACAACUCGUGCUGGGACACUCAUAGCUACAGACAGGCCUUCAAAUCUCAGUAUGCAAAUUCAAGCUUUUUUUUUUCUUUUUUUUUUUUAAUGGUUGUGUAAAUAAAUCACAAAGGGAGAAGUAAAGAAUCCUCACAUGUAAUUAUGAUGAAUAGAUGUAUAUUUAGAGUUGACCUAAAGGGGAGGAAAAAAAUACAUACCGGUAGUCAAAGGUAAGAUAAUGGUGAACUGUGAUUUCACUUGGGGUGUGCUUGUCCUGUAGCAAAAGGAGGAUAAGACAUUUUAUAUAUACGCUGAAUACUUGAAAAAAAGAAGAAAAACAACCCAAGAAUGUAAUUUUCCUCCAAAGAGCAGCACGUUUCACAUCAUCUGUGGACAGCCUAGGUGGACUCGUGCGUGCCUGUCGUUGAGCUCUCCUGACGUUGUGUCCCUGCACCAGUCCUGCAAACCACAGAGUUCGGUAUCGCUCCUGGCUCGUGCUGGGGACUUCAGUGCCAUACGCUGCCCGGGAUGUCCCGCUCAGCAACCUAAUUCCUCAUACAUGUUGGAAGCGAAGAGCGAGCAUCGAGUCACAGCUCGGCCUAGCACUUAAUUUGGGCUUAAAUGCAUGUCUACACACGUAUGUGCAGAACUGCUAAAUGCAAGAGGGAGCUGUGGCUGUUGGUGCCUUCCUGGCCCCGCUGCCUCCACCUGCCCUGCUCUCUUUGUCAGGGGUGGUCGGUGGAGGGAAAGCAGGCUGUGGGGUGGUGUUUAUUCUGGUGUUGAUUUUCUCCAGGUGGCUUGCUGUGAUUAUAGAUAGGUUCUCAUUUAACCAAAGAAACCUUGCAAGAAGCCUUGUGAUGUGGUGGCAGGAGCCACAGGGCUGCCUUGGGAUUUCACCUGCAAAGGGCAUCGAGGCAGGUUGCAGGAAGGACUGCAGACGUGCACCGGCGAGGACCAAGCAAGUCUCGAGGGUCACGGACCUUUCGGCUUCCACCUUUCUCGUGGAUAUCCAUUUCAAGGAGGAUUCUGAAGCAGAGGAGCAGUUUCAUGCUUUUCAGCCUGUUUUAAUACUGCUUUGUGAUGGUCUUUUUAGAACCAAAUCAUGAAUUUUGUGUUCUGGGGAGAGGGCAAGGUAAGCUCUGGUCAUUUCAAGACAGCAAAUAUGUUUAUAGGAGCAGGAUAAGAUGCAUAUAGAUUUGGAAACGUUUUCAAGCAGAAAUUUCAAAGAAGUUAGGUGGUUGUGUGAUAGACCCGUAUUUUGGGAUGCAUGUCUGAACUGUUAAAUGGAGUGUCACAGUGGCUCAUGUUAUCUCUUACCGUUUAUACUGUAUUUCAGGAAACACUUAUUCUUUUCAGCAAGAAAAACAAUUAAGCAAAGUGCCAAAUCCAGCAGUGUCUUUAUGCCUAAGAUUGUCCCAUUAGGAAGCAUUUGCUUUCCAAGUGUUACAUUGACAUAAGGAAAACUGAGGAACAGCCAUGCUGAUUUGCUGCACACUGCUGUGAAGCGAAGGGGGUUUGGGGCUUCUUGAUUUCUGUUGUUGUUUUUUACUUCCAUGGAGUUUUUUUUUGAUUAAAAUAUUAAUUUACUUAACAGUCUUUCUUAUUACAGUUGGGGUGCAAGGUCUUAACACUGUGUAUAAACCCUAUGUGGACUCUGUCUAGAUAUUUCAAUAAUGUUAUAUUGUACCAGGUGGAAAAAUGCCAAGUGAAAAGGCAGUUCUCUUCAGUUUUGUUCAAAGUAAGUUUUAUCUGAUAUGUACAUACUAAACCAAUCCUGGGGAACUGCAGUAGAGUGUAUUACAAAGAAUUAAGGUUAUCCAGAUUUUUUUUUUU